UAUUAUUAAAGGACCCAGUGCACGAAGAAAAAAAAUGUUACAGCAUCACUGUUCAUCGCAUAAGAAAUUUAAACUUAAUUUUGGUGCUCUAAGAUCGAAAGAAUGGAGCGAUAUCAUUCGACUAUGUAUUGCCGAAUUUCUGUGCACGAUGGGCCUCGUAGUUAUUCCGUGUGCAGCUGCAAUCGAAUCGCCCGAUUUUUAUAUAUUCCAUUUGUAUAGAUUUCACCAAGCCUUGUGCUAUGGCCUCAGUUACAUGAUGACAAUUGUAAUAGCAGGUCAUGUAUCUGGAGGGCAAUGCAAUCCCUCUGUGACAAUAUGCUGCUUCAUUUUUGGUCUUUUUCGGAUCUUCGAUGUCCUCUUCUAUAUCCUAGCUCAAUUAAUCGGGGCAAUAUUUGGAGCACUUGUUUUGAAGAUCAAGGAAGUGGAGCUAUCAAGCUCACUGAUGACAUUCCUGCUGGCAAACGAGCUAUUAUGCUUGUCGCUGAGUUUUUAGGGACAAUGACGAUAGGAAUCCUAUCAUGCAUGUCUGCUGUUCACGAACCCCUCUUCUUUUUUAUGGGACAUCCCAUACAUAUAGCGCUGGGAUAUGG